AUGUCUCAUAUUUGGCUUCUUGUUUUUCUUGUUUUUCUGCCGAUCGCUCAUUCCAUCGAAAGUUUUGAUGAUUACAAUCAAGAAUGGAUAGAUUUUGUUCGUCAAUAUGAUAAGAGCUAUGCCACUGAAGAAGAAGCUCAACUACGUCGGUCAAUCUUUAUUGCGAAUCUCCGUGAAAUUGAACGACACAAUAGUCAACCUAAUCAGACCUAUAUAAAAGCCAUUAAUCAGUUUUCUGAUUUGAGUCAACAAGAGUUUGAAGAGCAUGUUCUUUCGCCUCAAUUAGCCUUUGCCUCUGUUCCAAAGCCACAACCGGUACCGGUCAUGACUCGAUCGUCAACAACAGCCUCGUCAGUGCCUACCGGAUGUACAUGUGGUUCGAGUAACUGUUGUAUUUCAUCAGCUAAUCCAAACGCAUGCUGCUUGGCUCUUGGUAUGGGAUCAUGGAAUCGACGUCAAUGCAAUCCAGGCGCUUGUAGUGGUGUUGUUCCCAAUAAUUGCAAGUCUCGCGAUUCACAGUGUUGUCAAUCAUCACAGAAUCCAGGUGAAUGUUGUGCUGCUCUUGGAUUUGCAUCUUGGGAUGGUGGUUGGUGUCGAGGUGCACAUGCAUCCACUGUUCCAAAUGGAUGUUCUGCUUCGAAUAGUCACUGUUGUUCAGAAAGUACUUUGCCCCAAAAAUGCUGUGAAGCAUUUGGCUUUGAAUAUUUUGAUGGAGCUUACUGUCGUCAUUCGGCAUCUUGGUAUCCAGCUCCUGAACGCUUAGAAAAUGAUUAUCCAAAGAAUUUUGAUUGGACAUCAUUGAAUUAUCGAGUGGUAACUGACGCCAAAAAUCAAGGAGCGUGCAAUACUUGUACAUUCUUUACAGUAGUAGGGGCCUUAGAAAGUGCAUACGCUAUUAAGCAUCAAAGUAAUGCUAUUCCUUUAUCUGAACAACAAUUAAUCGAUUGUUCAAUGCCGAAUAGAGGUGGAUGUUGGGCAUCGAAUUUUGGUGAUUCAUUGGAUUAUUUAAUUCAAAAUCCAAAACGUCCACUUGCUACUGAAGCUCAAUAUCCAUAUCAAGGUCUUCGCGAUACAAAUUUCUAUCCACAAGCUUGUGCCGAUCGGCUCUUUCAACGUUUAGGUGCCACACAUUUAUUCGAAAGCAAAGAGAGUUAUCAUGAUGCAUGGGAUACAAUCAACGAUGAUCUUCUAAUGCGUCUUGUAUCAAAAGGUCCUAUAGCUGUUGCAAUCAAUGCUGAUUUCAUGGGCGGUUAUGGAGGCGGAGUGUAUCGAGGACCCUGUCCACCACAUGUCAAUCAUGCAGUACUUUUAACCGGUUGGGGUACGGAUCAACAAACUGGUGUUCCUUUUUGGCGUGUUAAAAAUUCAUGGGGAACAGGCUGGGGUGAAAAUGGUUUUGCUCGUUUCGAGCGUAAACCUGGUCAAAAUCAAUGUUUUAUCUAUCAUGAAGUUGCACGACCUACGGCUAUAUAA